AUGAACGGACCAUUUGGAGCUCCCGCACAGAGGUUUUACGAUUUCACGCAUACGAUUUUGGUAGGGAGCGGGAUUGGAGUGACACCUUUUGCGGGGAUAUUGGCCGGUUUACAGGCAAGGAAUGAUAGGUUACAUGGUAGAUCGGAAAAGGAGAAACAAGGUCCAGGCAAUGAUACUGGUGAGAAGACCAGUGCCAGGUCCAGUGCAAAUACGGGAAACAUUCUUGGUCGAACGCUCUCACGUACAUUCUCACGAGCUCGUUCGCGUAGUCGUCAGGAAUCCACCAUAUCACCUUACCCAUCGGAUUAUCGUCGAGUCGAAUUCCACUGGAUGGUAAGGGAUAAGAAUCAUCUGGGUUGGUUCUCAAACUUACUCAAUUCGAUAUAUCAAUCACAAGAAUAUCAUCAAUCACCUACACAACAUCAAUGCGUGCACCCUCAUUUGGACAUACGAUUACAAACUCAUGUUACGGCCAAACGUCAAUCGUUGACUACCCACAUUUACCGAUGGCUUUUGGAACUACAUCGAACGGAGGAGCACCCAUACUCGCCCUUGACGGGUCUUAUGAAUGGCAGUGCCUUUGGUAGACCUGACUUCAUCAAAAUUCUGGAUAGGCACUACGAAGAUAUGGUAGAGUACCAACGAACAACCACUCAGAUUGGAGAUGGAAACGAAUUUGGAUCAAAGUCAAAGCUGAAAGACAUUGUCAAAGUCGGAGUGUUCUUUUGUGGGGCGCCGAUGAUAGGUGAGAUAUUGGCUGAUAGAUGUAGAGCAUUGAAUAACAGGGGUGAAGAAGAGGGAGUGGGUGUAAGGUAUCAUUUCAUGAUAGAGGUUUUUGGCUGA